AUGUUUUCUCUAUUUAAGUCUUAUUUUUCUAAUUCUGGAAAUACGAGAGAAUUGAGAAUUUUAAUUAUUGGUGAGGGCGGUUCAGGAAAAACAAGUUUAUUUAAUCUAAUAGCAAAUUAUCACAAUAAAAGUAAAUAUGAUAUAAUAAAUACACAAUAUUUAAUAAAUGGUAAUAAUGGUAACUGUUCACUUGGCUUUAAUACAAAAAAAAUAUGUGUAAAUAAAGGCAAUUUACAAAUAUAUGAUAUCGAAGGAACAGAAACCAAUACGAUAAAUAUUUAUGAUUGCUAUUAUGAUGAUACGGAUAUUAUAUUUUAUGUAAUUGAUGCAAAAUGUGAACUUAACAUAUUUAAAUUGAUUAUAUAUUUAUGUUACCUAUGUACAAAUGGAAUUAAUAGCAUAAAAAAAAAACAACAAAUGAAAAAGGAAACAGAAGAAUUCCAAGAUGGGGAAAAUACUGUAGAAGAUGAUAAGGGAUUUAUAAAACCAAUUAUUGUAUUGGCAAAUAAAUCAGAAGAAUUCUCAUAUUAUUCUUCACCUUGCAUAAACAAUUAUAUAAGAUCUUUAGAUAUAUAUGAUAAUGAAAAGUUUAAGAACUUUUUUUUAUCUGAUGAUAAUAUAUAUUUAAAUGAUUAUUUAUGUUUAUUAUAUAAAAGGGUAGUUGAAUUAUUUAUUGUAAAUAAUACUCCACUGGAAAAGUUUAUAUUAAAAGAAAAUGACGAAAAAAAUGAAAUUAAAAAGGAAACUAUGAUAAAUAAAUUCAAUAAAAUUAUAAAUGAUAUCAAACUUAAUAAUAAAAGUUUUAUAUCUAGUAAUGAAUUGGAAAAUAAUGAAAUAUUGUCAAACAUUAUGAAAGAUAUAAUUAAUAAACAAAUAAAUAAUUAUAAGCAUGUAUCAAUAGAAGUAUAUAAUAUUAGUGUAUUAAAAAAUAAAGGAGUAUAUGAUGUUAUUGAAACAAUUUUUUUAAAAUAUUGCGAAAAAGAUAUUAACACAAAUGAAACAAACAUUCAUGGUGUUGAUCCUAAUAAUGUAAAUAUAACCAAAAACAAUCAAAAUUAUAAAAGAUUAGAUGUAAAUACUUAUGUAACAUCAAAUUCACUUAUGAAUGGUAAUGUAAAUCAAACAAACGAAGCAUUAUUUGAAUAUAAAAAUAAUUUAAAUCACCAAAAACACACAUACGGAAAUGAUGCAUAUCAAAGUGGCCAUAUAAACACUCAAAAAUUUGAUACUAAAAAAGAGCUAGAUAUACAUCCCCAUAAUAGCAAAAGUAAUAAAUUAUCCAGUUUAUAUAAUGAAAAUAAUACAAAUGCUUAUAAUAGUGUAACAUAUUAUAGAAGUAAAACAAAAAAAAUAAAUUUUUAUGGAAACAAUAAAGAAUGUAUACUGUAUGAAAAUAAUAAACAUGCAGUUAACAUAUUUAUAGAACAUAUACAACAUACAUAUUUUGGAAAAAAUACAUAUGAAGAUAUUGCUGAUAGCAUAAAUUUUUUAAAUAUGAAAACUACAAAAUUAAAAGAUGAAAUGAUUGCACAUGAUGAAAAGGAUAAACAUGAAAAAAAUACAUGUUCAAAACAAUUACCGAAUUCUAGAAAUAAAGAUACUCCUAUUUGUGAGGAAAUGAAAACAACAGAUGAUGAAAACUUGGUUAUUCAUAAGGAAUAUACCAAAGACGAAUCAUUAUUUAGAGAAAAAAAAGAUAAUAUGGAGAACUAUACAAUUGAGAAACCUGAAAAUACAGAGGCAGAAAUUGAAGAAAUAAUGCCUUCUUUAAAUGACCCAAAAGAGGAAAAGAAAUGUAUUAGCAGUGUUGAAACUAUAGAUAUUAAAGAUGAUAAUGAUGAUACAUUGUAUGAUGAAAGCUCAAGGUUUUUAGAUGAAGAAAUAAAUAAAAAUGAUUAUAAGCAUUUGUCACAUGCUGAAACAAAAAAUGAAGCAGAUUUUCUCAAUGUAGGCAAUCAAAACAAUACUUCUAUUAAAAUGAAUAAUUUACAUUAUGAUGAUAAUAAAUUUGAUCAUAAACAAGAAAAAAAUAUAAAAAAUGAAAGAAUAAGCGAACCAUAUAAAGAAUCUUCGAGCUUCGAAAAUUGCACGAAUAUUACUUCAUACACUGAUUAUUCAUCAAAUGGAGAAAAUACUAGCAAUGAUUUUAUCCAUCAUCAGAAUGAAUUUAAAGAAAACUCAAAUAAGGGGAAGGACGGCCCAAAUUAUGUAUAUAAAUCAAAAAUUAAUAAAAAAAGAUAUUCAUGUAUCAAAAAAAAAACAAAAGAAACAAUUUUAUAUAAUGAAAAUUCCAAUGAUCCAGGGGCAUAUUCUAGUGACUCCCUUGACGAUCCAAAUUUGAUGAAUGUUAUGUGCAUUGAUUCGCUGAAAGAAAUUUAA